GCGACCGGGAACGUGUAGCUAAUUAUUCACCGCAGCAGCUAGUAAAAAUUACCAGCCAUAUCCAGCUAGCCUUGUUUACCCUGCGGUAAAAGAACGUUAUAACAUGGCCCCAACCAUCGCCAAGCCUCUGCUCAGCGAUCUCGUGGCGCAGACCGGGCAGGUCCCACUGAGCCACGUCAGACCUGUGGGAGACCGCCCGGACCUCGCGAGCGUCGACAACGAGUCCGGCGCCGGGAUCCCGCUCAUCGACCUCGGGAAGCUCGACGGGCCGGAGCGCCGCACGGUGGUGGAGGCCAUCGGCAGGGCCUGCGAAUCCGACGGCUUCUUCAUGGUGACGAACCACGGGAUCCCGGCGGCGGUCGUGGAGGGGAUGCUGCGCGUGGCGCGGGAGUUCUUCCACCUGCCGGAGUCGGAGCGGCUCAAGUGCUACUCCGACGACCCCAAGAAGGCCAUCCGGCUCUCCACCAGCUUCAACGUGCGCACCGAGAAGGUCAGCAACUGGCGAGACUUCCUGCGCCUGCAUUGCUACCCGCUCCAGAGCUUCGUCGAUCAGUGGCCGUCCAACCCGCCCUCAUUCAGGCAAGUGGUGGGCACCUACGCGACGGAGGCGCGGGCGCUGGCGCUGCGGCUGCUGGAGGCCAUAUCGGAGAGCCUGGGCCUGGAGCGGAGCCACAUGGUGACGGCCAUGGGGAGGCAGGCACAGCACAUGGCGGUGAACUACUACCCGCCGUGCCCGCAGCCGGAGCUCACCUACGGGCUGCCGGGGCACAAGGACCCCAAUGCCAUCACGCUCCUGCUCCAGGACGGCGUCUCCGGCCUGCAGGUGCAGCGCGACGGCUGCUGGGUGGCCGUGAACCCCGUGCCCGACGCGCUGGUCGUCAACAUCGGCGACCAGCUUCAGGCACUGAGCAACGACCGCUACAAGAGCGUGCUCCACCGCGUGAUCGUCAACAGCGAGAGCGAGCGGAUCUCGGUGCCGACGUUCUACUGCCCGUCGCCGGACGCGGUGGUCGCGCCGGCGGAGGCGCUGGUGGACGACGGCCACCCGCUGGCCUACCGGCCGUUCACCUACCAGGAGUACUACGGCGAGUUCUGGAACAUGGGCCUCGAAUCCGCGAGCUGCCUCGACCGGUUCAGACCCGGUUGAGCGCGAUCGAGGGGAGCGCCGCGCCGGCCGCGAGCAGAGAACGUGCAGAAGGAUGCAGCGCGGCCGUCUCCCAUGUGCAAUCUGCAAUAACCGGACUCGGAUCCCCCUCGGAUACGUCCGGCUAGAUACCUACGUGGGACCUUUGGUAAAAUGUCAGAUCAAGAUUUUGGAUGCCUGCGGCGCAAGGCUUGUUGCAGUGUUUCCCUUAGAGAUCAGAAUAAGGUGUUAGGUUGACAGAUUCUUGUGUAAGGUUUGAUUCUUCCACAUUUUUUAUACGGAACACAGUACACAUACACGUACAUGUUCACGUAUACUAUAAUACACACACAUUAACAAACA